AUGGGCUGGGGGUUUGGUUGGCUUACUCCUUCUCCCAGGGCGUAUUUCGUGGCCCUGGUGGCGGACAUGAGCACCGCGAGGGGGAGUAGGCACGCGGUCUUCAUUAUCGCAGUCUGGACUGUGGUCUGCGGACUUGGAUGCGGGAGAACCUGCGACGAUGUGUUGUCCUUGAGGGAGUCGUUGAACCUUUAUGAUGCGGCGGCGGCGACAUUGAGCAGAUAUCCUGCGCGGCCACUGCCGAUCGGCCUGUGCCUUGCGCGAUUCACUACGGGGCCCGUGAUGACCUCAGUCUUGGCUAAUGAAGUAAGUGAGCCCUUUUUCACCAUUCGCCAUGGGGAAGCAGAUGACAGCCCUCAUCAACUCAGGGCGAUGGACAGUGCUGUGGGGAGGGCAUGA